UUUGAGUGAUUCACCUCGCAGAAAGUCAGAAAUAUUUUCUAAAAUUUUGCAUUUUGAACUGAAGCAAUGACAAUUAGUUGAAAAUGAAAGAAAUUAUAAUUUCAUACAACGUUUAAAUCAAAACAAUCAUCGCUUUGAUUGAUUUUAAUUAUUUUCAACUGUGGAUUGUGUUUGUGUUGAACAAGAUGCCAUUCGAUUUUUUGUGUUGUGUUAGACCUGGAGUGGAAGACGUGGUUGAGCUGGAUUAUUCACAUCAGUCUCUAUCAGACGUUCCUUCGGACGUGUUUGUUUACGAGAGGACCCUCGAAACUCUGUAUUGUCAAAGCAACCGUAUCACUGAACUACCACGCCAACUUUUCAUGUGCCAUGGUUUAAAGUAUUUAGACCUUAGUGAUAAUGAUCUCCAAGCCAUACCAACUGCCAUAUCAUCCCUGGUAAAUCUUCAACAUUUUAACAUCAGCAGAAAUACUCUAACUGUUAUUCCAGAAACUAUGAAAGCUCUGAAGUAUUUAAUGUUUUUAGACCUGAGCGUGAAUCCAUUGGAAAAACUUCCAGAUGCUAUUACCAAUUUGAUUGCAUUACAAGAACUAUAUCUUAAUGAUACCUACCUAGAGUACCUUCCAGGCAACUUUGGUCGUCUAGCCAGUUUACGCAUACUUGAACUGAGAGAUAAUUAUCUAAUGAUUUUGCCAAAGUCUCUUUCAAGAUCAACAGAAUUACUGAGAUUAGAUAUUGGACAAAAUGAAAUUCAACAGUUUCCAGAAGUUAUUGGAAGAUUUUUAAAACUAAGAGAAUUGUGGCUAGACAGUAACAGUUUGACAAAUAUUCCAGCAGCUAUAAAACCAUUGGAAUGUUUGAUUCAUUUGGAGGCCAGUAACAAUAUGAUAGAAGAAAUAGCCCCUGAGAUUGGUUACUGCACACAGCUAGUAGAUCUGAGUUUAUCAAUUAACAGUUUGACUCAACUUCCCGACAGCAUUGGGCAAUUGAGCAACUUAACAACUUUGAAACUAGACAAUAACAGAUUAUAUUGCUUACCAGACAGCCUUGGACAGCUAGCUAACUUAGAAGAACUGAUGCUUAUGUGUAAUUAUUUAGAAAAAAUACCUUCUUCUAUUGGUCUCCUAAGAAAAUUACAAUACCUGAAUGUUGAUGAAAAUAUGCUAAGAGCUAUUCCUCCUGAAAUUGGAAGUUGUACAAAGCUGUCAGUUUUAUCAGUACGGGCAAAUAAAAUUAAUAAAAUCCCUCCAGAAAUUGGCCAUUUAUCUUCGUUAAGAGUUUUAAACUUGGUGAGAAAUUCACUGAGCUAUCUUCCCCAAUCUUUGUUAAAUUGUGAUAAUUUAGUGGCCCUUUGGCUGUCUGAAAAUCAAAGUAAACCUUUAGUGCCUAUGCAUUCUGAAGUAGACCCUCAUACUUAUGAGCAAGUCCUUACGUGUUUCCUCUUCCCCCAAGUGCCUUUAACUCCUAUGGAAAUCAAGCCUGACAUUGAGAAACCUGAAAGCUCAGAAGCGCAAACAUCCGCAAGACACAUAAGUUUUGUAGAUAUGAAAGCUACAACUAAAAUUCCUGAAAAGCCUGGACAAUUACGAAGGGCACCUACCCCAUACCCUAAGGAGCUGAGAGCCCUGGCUAAACAUGCUAGAAAUAUUCAUAAAGAUGGUGCUCAAGAUGUAUCUCCACCCAUGCAAAAUACAGUGCAUAUCAAAGCUGCCAAAAUAACCCCCACAUUGCAACAAAGAUUUGCAUCAGACAAUAAAAAGCAAACAGAAAAUACAGCCAAAGAUAAUGUAGAUGGUGCUAAUCAAGAUCAAAUGAAAAUGUCAGUGUAUGAUAAUCUUCCUACUGAGAAUGCUUAUGACCGACCUUUGGAUCUUGCAUAUGAACAAGAUAAAACAUAUAAGAGCGUAGAUCAUGCUUUAUAUCCUGAGAAUAAUGGAACUGUUAAAAAUGAACACAAGGGAGAAAUAUCAGAUCACUAUAUUUUAAAUCAAAGAUAUACUGCUGCAAAACCAAAUGAUUAUAUGGAUAGGUCAACUGUUUCUAUACCUCAAAAUAUAUAUGGAGCACAUGUCGAUCACAAGAAUUAUCAAGUUCCUAAUGAGAGUAAUUACCGUAGCAGUUUAGAUGACUCUAGAGGGCGCUUUCAAAGAUUAAGCCUUAGCUCUCAAGAUAGACAUUCUAAUAAUGAUACUAUGCUUCCACCACAUUUUGAUGAUAGACCAUACAAUCCUAGAACUGGUAUGGAAAAUAUUCACAAAUUUGAACCCAUGUAUUCCAAAAAAGAUCACAUGGCUUGCAAUCCUGUACCUGAUGGAAAUUAUCAUGAGAGUGUUUAUGAUGGUGAUAACUAUGCACAUGCAAAAGAGAAAAUAUAUGGACAGAGAAAUUAUGAUACAUACAACUAUCUUCCCCAUGGCAGUUGUGAAUUAAGUCCAAGAGUACACACUGUCAGUCAAGUGGUCAGCUCUACUACUAUGCCAAAUUUAAGCAAAUAUAAUAACAUGUAUGCUAUACCUGGAAUGGAUAGUCGUCAAUACCCAACUUCUACACCAAAUGCAAACAUGUACAAUGUAUCAACGUCUAGCCCCACAUAUGUAUCGUCUCAAUCGCCAGAGCUCUACUCACCAACUGGGCAUACAAAUACAACUAAUCCAUAUCGAAUGACGGACACUCCGCUCAUAUCUGAUGAUGGCAGUUAUAGUCAUGUGCAUUCUCCAACAAGUCAGAAUAUGUUUGACUUGUAUGACGUUCUACCAGCUGCUUCCAAUACCCCCAGUAUUAUUAGUCACAGACAUAGCCCUAGUGGAUUAUCUGAACCAGUGUACGGCCGUGGUCAGCCCCCCCCAUAUCACAUUGCAGCUCCAUACACUAAACAUGCACAAUAUUUUAAUGGGACUGGAGGAUAGUGGUGAAAACGAAAGAAAACCUUCAAGUUUUCUUCCAAGUGUACAGUCUUAUGAACAUUAUUAGUACCUACAUGAUAUGACAUAUUCACUGGAGUUUCCAAUGCUAGUUUUUCCACAGUAUUUAUGAUUUUUUUUGGAAAUUUCAAUGUUAUACCUAUUUUAUCCCGAAAAUUGCGGGACCAUACAUGAACCGGAAGUCUUGGAUUGGAUACUCUCUCAUAUACCUACUAGGCGUGUUCCAGAAUGACAUGUUAAAACUAUUUUCUAACAUAAAACUAGUUCCAAGAGACUGGUUAAUCUCUUAUCAAGGCAUAUAAUGUAAUAAAUUCUGGAAUACUAUAUUACCAUAGAUCACAUUGUUUGUGACACCAUACUUUGCCUAAGUAUUUUCAUGUCAUUACUAAUAUGUUUUAUAUUGUGCAAUUUAAAUGUGAUAUGUAUAAUAAUAAUGUUGAAUGUAAUUUUAAGGUGCUAAGUGAUGGAUUAUAAAGUUGGGUUACCUAUUACAAUAUUUUAUGAAAGGGUUGAAUUUAUAAAAGGGAUAAAAUUAGGCAUUCAAAAUGAUUAAAUGACAUUUAGGGGAGCAGCAUGUUAAAUAUGCACUACUUAUAAUGUAAAAUUUUUGUAGGUACUACUCAUGUACGACUUGUAACAACCAUGUUGUAUUAUAAAAAUACUUUUUAUGAAAUUAGGUAAAUGUUGAAUAAAAUAUUGUGUAGUGCAAAGCUUGUUUGACAAAAUAUACCUACCUAAUAAUAUAUUA